AUGUCAAAUAAUGAAUUAAUUACAAUUGAUGACGAUGAACAUCUCCCUACGAACCCCGUAGAGGAUUUAUUGGCCAAUGGUACGGUUAAGCGGCCCUCAGAGACUCCUAGUUUGCAAAGUGAUGAGCCUAAACGGCAGAAAUCCAUACCGAAUAUUGCAAACGAGUUGGCAAGGAAUCGUGCAGAAUCGAGAUUGCCAGCGUUAGGAGCAGUUCCGCAGAAUGCUAGCGGCACAGGAAGGCCGAGGAUUCAUGCGAUACCUCUUUCGUCGCUUCUUUCACCGUCCAUUGAUCAUAACUACUUAAAUUCUUCUCCGUCACCUGCGAUUCCUGCCCCAUUUAGUGCAGUAAUACCCAAAUUGGAGACCCCAAGUACUGUGACCGAUAAUAGACUUCCAUUGAAGCAAGAGUCUACAGCAGCUUCUACGCCUUUAACCAAGGUACCGUCUGCUAGUCCAUCUAUGCCUGUCACUAAGAGUACAGGAGGUGCUAAGGCUGCAGCAGGUGCUACAAAGAAAGCCACUACAAGGAAGAAAAGUGAAACUGCGGCUAAAAAGAAAGCGGAGGGGACGACAGCUGCGUCUAGAAAGAAGUCUGAUGGCACUAAGGCUGGGCCGGCUAAGAAGACCGCUACUAAGAACUCCAGAAAGGAGAAACCUGCUGCUGCAAACCCCGCAUCGUCGCCUUCUGCGACUCCGCAGCCCAACAACGCUCGAACAGUAAUUCUGCCCUCUCAAGAUGGUUCUUUAACUCCUACAGGUUCGAAUAUGCAAUCCCAAGAAGGAGCGGAAGAGUUGCCGGUGUUAGUGGCAACCACUGGUACACCGGUCAAUGCAACUACGCAACAGAAGGGACUGAAAAGAUCGCAAUCGAACUUGAAUCCAAGUCAGAAAUCAGGUACGCAGGAUGCCAGCAAGGCUAAGAAGACUCUGUCUGCUACGAACUUAUCGACAAACGCGGCCUCUCCAUCGCCAUCACAAUCUUUAUCUGGCCCGUCGGCGUCUGAGAAGGGAACAGGGGUGGCAUCGACAUCAAAGAAAACCGCCAAUUCUGGGGCAGCUAAGAAGGAGAACAAAUCCAAAUCCAAACAAGUGGCUUCUAAGAAAAAGGAGACAUCCGCAAUUCCUGUCGUGCCAGCAUCAGAAACUACGUCUCCGCCAGUUACAGCACCACAGACUCCAAAGAAAUUAUCAGCUGCUCCACCCAUCAAAUCUCCAUCCCUAAUGGACGUUUUUGACCAGAAAUCUAGUGGUUCUACUGUCGAGGAGAAUGACGUACCUAUAAUCGUAUUAGAUGUGCCACUUUACCAGGUCGACAAUGAAGAUUACUUAGAUGAGAAUGGCCAAGUAGUGUUCAACUUUUACAACCUUGUUGAAGAGAAGUAUGGUUCCCAAGCUGUCUCGAGAUCAAAGGAUGGGGCCAGUGCUGGCAGCAAGGGAGAAAAUGCUGAUGAUCUAGAAGUAAUGGAGGAUGAUGAUGAAGAAGAAGAUGAGAAGGCCGGAAGUGCAUCUGGCGCUCCCGUUUCAAAGAACCCUAAAAAGAAGCCAAACCCAUUGAAGGGAAAGAGCAGGGUUGGAAAGUAUGAUAUCGAAGAUCCAUUCAUUGACGACUCCGAGCUUUUAUGGGAGGAGCAACGAGCAGCUACCAAAGAUGGAUUUUUUGUCUACUUUGGCCCCCUAAUUCAAAAAGGGCAGUAUGCCACAUUUGAAAGGGUCGAUGGAACAAUGAAAAAGGGUGGUGUUCGUAACCCAAGGUGA